AUGUUUCCAGAACAACAGAAAGAGGAAUUUUUAAAGGUUUGGAUUCUAGAUCCUGGGACUCAGAAGGAGGAUUUGGGGCCUUCUUAUAUUGACUAUGAGCCAUGCCUUCACACCAAUAGCAUGUGUUUUACUUUGAAAAUAUCCUGUGUGAAAAGAAGAUACAGACAAUUUUUGUGGCUGAGGCAGAGACUCCAAAAUAAUGCAUUGCUGGUACAACUGCCAGAAUGUCCAUCUAAAAACCUAUUUUUCAACAUGAACAAUUGCCAGCACAUAGAUCAAAAUCAUCAAGGUUUGGAAGAUUUCCUCAGAAAGGUCCUACAGAAUACACUUUUGCUUUCAGGUCGCAGCCUUCACCUGUUUUUGCAGAGCCAUCCGAAUUCAGAAGACACCAGGGUGUGUGUUUCUAGGCAAUCCAAGCCUUGGUGGAAGAAGCAAUUCCACCAUCUUGCCUCGAUGGACAACUGUUUCCCUGAAGAAGAUGAAGAAAGAAAAAAAGAAAAUGAUAUAGAUUAUGAUUCAGGAAGUUCAUCCUCUGGGCUUGGACACAGAUGUGAUGACAGCAGCUCAUAUGGAUGUAAAACAAGCAUGACUCUGCAGGAAUCUUGA